CGGACCCCGCACCCCGGACCCCGGAGCCCGGACCCCGCACCCCGCACCCCACUGAGCGAAGCCCGGAGCCCAGCUCAGCCCUCCCCUGGAGCCAUGACUCUCCGCCGCCUCCGAAAACUGCAGCAGAAGGAGGAGGCGGCGUCCGGGCCGGACCCUCCGGGCCCCCCCAGCCCCCCGACGGCGGAGCCGGAGCCGGAGCCGGAGCCGGGGGCGGCCCCGGAUCCUCCGGCCCCCACGGAAGAGCUGUACGCGUCCCUGGAUGACUGCCACCCGGCAGAGCUCUACCGGGCCCUGGCUGUGUCCGGGGGGACACUGCCCCGCCGCAAGAGGUCUGGACCCCGCUGGAGGAGCCUCAGCCCGUCCCCAGAGCAGCACCGGAAGCUGCUCACUCUGGAGAAGGAGGAGAAUGAGGCCUUCGGCUUUGAGAUCCAGACCUACGGGCUCCAUCACCGGGAGGAGCGUUGUGUGGAGAUGGUCACCUUCGUGUGUCGCGUGCACGAGGCCAGUCCGGCCCAGCUGGCGGGGCUCACACCCGGAGACACCAUCGCCAGUGUGAAUGGACUCAAUGUGAGCGGAAUCCGGCACCGAGAGAUUGUGGAGAUCAUCAAGGCCUCGGGCAACGUGUUAAGGCUGGAGACUGUAUACGGCACCGCCAUACGGAAGGCAGAGCUGGAAGCCCGCCUGCAGUACUUGAAGCAAACCUUGUACGAGAAGUGGGGAGAAUACCGCUCGCUCAUGGUCCAGGAGCAGCGAUUGGUACAUGGCCUGGUGGUGAAGGACCCGAGCAUCUACGACACCCUGGAGUCGGUGCGGUCCUGCCUGUAUGGCGCCGGCCUGCUCCCACGCUCUCUGCCCUUCGGCCCCAUGCUCGCUUCCAUCGCCCCGGGCGGUGCCCCCGGCCAGCCCAGCGCCCGCCCCGCGCGCCCCGGGGCCGCCGACGCCGACGAGGCCGUCUAUCACACCUGCUUCUUCGGGGCGGCCGAGCUCCCCGACCCCAAGCCGCCCCCGCCCCCGCCGCCCCCGCCGCCCCCGGCCCGGCCCCGGGACCCCGGCCCCGCCCGACUCCCGCACCUCACCCGCAGUGCCAGCCUCAAGUGCGGGGGCCCGGGCGGGGGGCUGGGCGGGGGGCCCGGCGCCGGCGUCCAGCUGUGGCUGGAGCCGCGGGAACCGGGCCACGGCGGCGGCCCGGGCCUCCGCAAGCCCAAGUACAAGAGCUUCCGUCGCCGCCUGCUCAAGUUCAUCCCGGGACUCAACCGCUCCCUGGAGGAGGAGGAGAGUCAGCUGUAGCCGGGGGGGGGGGGGGGCGGCCGGGACCCUUAUUUAUUUAUUUAUUCAUUCAGGGCUGCGGGGGCCGGAGUGCAGUGCCUUGGGCUGGGGGAACCAGCUUCCUGACCCCCACCACCCCACCCCCGUCCCCCUGUCAGCCCCUCCC